AUUGAUCCAUAGCAGUAGACCUGCGCUGUUUGAAAAUAAAGAUGGAUAGUGAUGAAGAAUUUGAUCGUCGUAGACAACGCCGUGAUAAGUUCCGUGGUGAGCGAAGAGACUACAAUGACAGACGAGAGAGGGAUGACAGGAGAAGAGAUGAUUGGCAGGAUCGGCGAGGCCAAGUGGGUAGGAUGUCUCCUACUCAAAUGAGAAACAGAAAUCGAAAUUUCAGGAAUGAAUGGAGCCGCAGGGAUUUCCCAGAUUAUGACAGAGGUCGGCAGGAUAGAUAUAGCCCACCCAAUAGGCGUCAGGACAUGAGCCCUCCAGCUAAGAGGCAACGACGAGACUGGGAUGGAGGUAGCUAUGGGUAUGAUAGUGGGCAUAGCAGUCAAGGAUAUAGUGGAUAUCAUGGAGGAUGGAGUGGAGGAGGAGGAGGUGGUGGUGGAGGUGGUAGCGGAGGUAUGAGAGGUGGUAGAGGAGGCCAGUAUCAAGGUCAAAGUGGCCAUGGCAUGGAAGGGGACUCCGGUGGUCGAGGAGAGAGCAGUUCCAAUCAAAUGCUUAGUUUUAAGCAGUUCUUGGCCAAGCAAGAAGACUCUAUUGAUGACCAAGAGGCAGUAAAGAAGUACAACGCUUACAAGCUGGAGUUUCACAAGGCCCAACUUAGCGAGUUCUUUUUGGCUCAUAAGGAUGAAGAAUGGUUUCGUACAAAAUAUUACCCUGAUGAUUGUGAGCGGGAGCAGGCUGAUGUUGAAGAGGGCAUUGACAGACGUCUAAGAGUUUUUCUGGAGAUGUUGGACAGGGGUGAAGUCAACAAGGUUACUCUUCAGGCUGAUAAAUCAGAAGGAGUCACUCGUCUUUUGGAUGCAGUUGUGAUUAGAUUGGAAGGAGGUAAUGAUUUUGACCUCACCAUCCUAGAUCAACCAGAGUCAGCAAGAUCCUUUGAUAGAGACCGUACAAUAUCAGAGUCUCAACGGAGCAACAAAGGAGAUGAUAAACACCAAGAUGACAAGAAAGAAGAAGGAGAAGAAGGUGAAGAGAGAGAUGAUGAUGAUAAGAAAGAUAAGAUGGAAGGAGACGGUGAGAUAGUUGACAAAUCCACUGAUGAUGAACCUGUUCCACCACCACCUAAAGAUGAUGACAGCAAAUUGUCCCUGCCAGAUCCAAUCCCUCCACCACCCCAGGAUGAUGAAAAGAAGGAAGACGAUGAUGAGGGAAAGAAUGGAGAGGUGGGCCGACAAGGUAAGAAAAGAAAGCGAGGCAAGAAGCGCAAGCAUCGAGAGCCAGAUUACAGUGAUAGUGAGAGUGAUAUUAGUAGCAGUUCAGGUAGUGAUAGUGAAUCAGAUGAAUCAGGACAUGAACAAGGAAUGCUGGAGCCAGAACCAGCUCCUCCUGGCUUAGAGAGUAGUGGUGAGAAGGGUGCAUCAGAGAGUGAUAACAAGCUUGAAGAGGGAGAAGCAAAGGAAGAAGGAGAGGAAGGAGAAGAAGGAGAGAAGGGGGAAGAAGAGGAAGAAGAAACAAAAGAUCCAGAUGAACCUAAACCCAGAGCACUUCAUAAGACCUACUCUAUUUUCAUCAGGAAUGUUGCUCCCAUUAUAAAGAAGGAGGAGAUAGUUUCGCUGUGUAAGCGAUACAAGGGAUUCAUGAGAGUUGCCCUAGCUGAUCCUCAGCGUGAUAGAAACUUUCAGCGUCAUGGAUGGGUUACCUUCGACAGGACAGUCAAUAUCAAGGAAAUCUGUUGGAACCUUAGUAGUAUUAGGCUAAGAGACUGUGAACUGAGCCCUGUAGUUAACAGAGACUUGGCCCACCGUAUCCGUGCUGUUAGUGGCAUUGCUGCACACAAGAACAUUGUCAAAUCUGAUCUUAAAUUGGCAGCACGCCUUGUUCAGCUGAUGGAUCAGAAACAUGAGCUCUUCACUGGCGAGCCUGGAUGGGACCUGAAAAAAUGGAAAGUGAAGAAUGAGAAGAGGAAGAAGAAAGAGCAGGAGGAAAAGGAGAAAAAGAAAGCAGAGGCUGCAGCUGCCGCAGCCGCAGCAGCUGAUGGAGAUAAGGGAGAAAAAACAGAAAAGACAGAAAAAACUGAAGAGGGAAGCAUUGAAGAGAAAGAAGAAACUACACCUGAAGAGGAACCCAAAGAACCAUUGCCAGCAAGGAAUCCAAUCCUUGAGAACAUCACAGAUUACCUUGUAGAGGAAUUGAGUGCUGAGGAAGAGGUACUGCUUGGAAUGAAGGCUGAUGGACAGGAAGAGGGUCAAGAGAUAGGGGAUAUUUCCUUUGAGAAAGACGAUCAUUUAUGCAAGGUACUUGAUCGUCUGUUGUUGUAUCUUCGAGUGGUGCAUUCACUGGAUUACUACAAUGCAUCCAUGUACAAGAUAGAAGAUGAGAUGCCUAAUAGGUGUGGUAUCAUGCAUUGCAGAGGACAGAAUCCACCCAAUCGCCUCUCUCAAAGAGAUGUGGAUAAUUGGCAGACCAAUUUUGAGAACAAGAUUCAACCACUUAUGAACCUCAAAAGCAAGAUGUCAGAUGAAGAACUCAACAAGCUUGGGAAGAAAGACCAGGAACUGGAGGUGGAAAAGUUCAUCAAGGCCAACACCAAGGAACUUGCUAAGGACAAGUGGCUUUGUCCUCUCAGUGGAAAGAAGUUCAAGGGACCAGAGUUUGUCAGGAAACACAUCUUCAACAAGCAUGGCGACAAGAUAGAGGCAGUCAAGAAAGAGGUGCUGUUCUUCAAUAACUACCUACAAGAUUCAAGUAGACACAAGGUUGUAGAAGCUGCUAAGCCGAAGCCAGUACAGUCUAGUAACAAUGACAGUCAAGGAUCAGACCAGGGAUACAAUGGUCAGAGGAGUAGUAGUGGUUACAGAGGCUACCAGCAGCAAGGAAGCUACGAUGGAGGAAGAGAUAGGGGCCAACAGGGUUACUCACAGAGUAGUAGAGGUUUCAAUCAAUCUGGACGUGGAGGGUAUGAUCAGUCAUAUGGAGGAGGUGGAUAUUCCAGUCAAGGUGGUAACCAAAGGAGCUUUCAGCGAAGGUGAGACUACAUGCUUUGUGGGGUGACCCACGUUCUCUUAUCCAGUACCGGGACCUUGAUGCCCCUGAUGACAGUGAUAUCUUCUAAACCUCUUUUCAUCUGUCUCUUUCUUCCGAGGAUCACCAUGUCAAUUGGCCCUAUCUUAUUUUUGUAUAUAUAUCUGCUUCCUUUCUGUGUACAUUACAUUUAUGAUGGCAUUCUCAUGACCGUGUUUAAAUAUGAAAUAUAAUUUGUCAAAUAUUGUCAGUUCAAUGGUCAGUUAUUUUUUCAGACACUAAGGUCAAUGCUUUCCAGUUGUGUAAAGGCAAUUGUCUUUGUAGUAUUGAUGAUCAUAGAGAGUUAUGUGUUUUGAAGCAUUAUUGGUUAAGUGUUUUGUUUGGUGAAGUCUAUGGAGUUACCAUUAUCACAUUGUUUUACUUGAAGAAAUAUAUAUCUGCUUUUUUGGUAGAAUGUAAACAAAUCAAAUCAAUCAAAUCAUUUAUUUCCACAAUGAUGAUAUGAAAAAACACAUUACAAAUAUGAACAGCUGUCAGCUGUGAGUGGGAUAUCACAUGUUUUUAUUUACUUUUAUCUGGAACACUCUAAAAAUCAAAUACAAUUGAAUAAAAAGAAUGAUAUUACAUAGGGUAUUAUCAGAUAAUUAUCACCUGAUCAUCACUUUGAGUUGGUAUAUUACCAUUGCUCUUAGGUUUCAUUGCUUACCGUAUUUUUUCUGUGUAAACAUUAGCAGGUAUCUCUUGCUGCUAUUGUUUCCUGUUACAAAUGUAAUGACAAAAUGUUAAUAUAAGGAACUUCUUUGAUUUUCUUUUGCCAGAUUUACUGCAUUACUUAUCUAUUUUUAAUGGCAAUUGAUAAGAUUUUGGAACUGUGUAAAACUGCAUACCUUAAAUAUUUUAUCAUAACACUUUAUUUUGUUUGUGGAUGGGUGCAUUUGAGUUCUUAGAGUUUCAAGUAAUAUCAAGGAGAAUUAUGGAAUUAUUUCUUAUCCAAUCUUACCUUAUACAUCCAGAUGCCACUAUUGAUAUUUUGAAGAGUUGGCUAGCUACCUUUCUCUGACUUAGAAAAAUGGCAAAAGUUGAAUAUAACACAAUAGUGUGUCCGCCCCUUAAAGUAUUUCAAUUUUUAUUAUGAACUAGAUUUACUAUGAUUUAUGGAGGUUAGUCUUGAAUCAAUCACUCCAUUGAUGAAUACACACCCUAAGUAAGCAAUUGAUCAUGGUUUACAUAUCAUGGUAUCUCCAAGUAAAAAUGUAGUUGGUAUUUGAUACUUGUUGCGUUAUCCUCUUGUAGAUGUUCGCCUAAUUCUUGGAAAUGUACUUGUAUUGUGUUCUGAUUUGUUUUCCAUCCUGUUUGACACUUGAAUCUCCAUUGCUUUAUGAAAGUAAACCUCAUGUGUUCUAGUCCAAAGCCUUUAUUCGAAUUAUAUAUGCAAGUUAAUAUUAGUUCAAAUUUUGUUUUAUAUUUUUCGUAAAAAAAACUUAUGUAUGUGGAUGAAUAUAACCCAUCCACCAUGCAUAAAUACAGAACCUUUGCAUUCAAGAUGCCUAAUUUCCACUCAAGACUAUACUUAAAUAUAUGAUGUUCUUCAUAUCUUGUCUCAUUGGCUCACAUAAUGCAAUACCAUGGUCAUCAUUAUACUUAAUUUGACUUCAUCUGUGUUGAAUUGUUAUGAUUUGAUGAUGUUGUCUUCGGGGAUUAUAUUGUACUAAAUAAUUGAAUAUGGGCUGUGAUGUUCUGAGAUAUCAAUAAUUUUUAAUUGUGUAGUUGUCCAGAUGAAAUAUGCUAAUGCUUAUUUUUUACAUUUGAGGUAUUGUACAUAGAAAUUAACAGUGAAUAGUUCAUGCCUCAAAAAAUAAACUCAAAAUAAGUCUAAAUGUUGUAAUUGAGGAAUGCAUUGACAAUGGAAAUAUCUACUUUAUUCACUGAAGAGGACGUGUACAUUAAAAUCAAUGCAGCGAUAUCAUUCCUGAAAGAAAGUGAGUAAAUUUGAUGAUAAUAAAGUCAGUGAUGCAAGAAA